AUGGCGCCGCACCCGGCCACCGAUGGGGUCGCCACGGGCGUCGUCGCGCGCCUCAUGGGCCUGGAGUCCUGGCCCGCCACCGCCACCGCCGCGCCGCCCAGACCGCAGAAGCAGAGGAAGGUGGAGGCGUCGCGUUCGGACGACGCCGCCGACUCGGCGGUCAUGCUGGUGCUGCCUACGACCCGAAGCCGUCGCCGCCUCCACGCCUUGCGGCACGCGCCGACGGCGAGGAGCCACCACGGGGCCGACCUGCCGACUCGUGCAGCGCGCUGCCGCUGCUAA